UCGAUCUCACUGCACCUUCGAAACCUCAUCUCUCCCUCACUCUUCAGAGUUCAGGCUUCCCCGCUCUAGAAGACUAGACUUUGGUGUUUGGAACUCCGACCUAGAAAAUGGUGGUCUGUCUCAGACUCCCUUCUCUCACUUCGUCACUAUUCUCUCCCGCCACCACCAACUCCCUUAGGCGCUCUCCGGCUCUUCUCGGGCGGUGGAGCGGGCCCCGCCAGUUUCAGCCUCAUUCGCCGCUUUUUUCCGCCUCCACGCAGGGAACGGCGGCUACCGAGACCACGAGCGAGGACCGGGUGGAUGGCAACUCGAAGAACCGAAUGAGCAACAACCCGGACCGAGUCAUCACGCCUCGGUCCCAGGAUUUCAACGCUUGGUACCUCGAUGUUAUAGCGAACGCCGAGCUUGCCGACUACGGCCCCGUCCGCGGCACCAUGGUUAUUCGACCCUACGGUUAUGCCAUUUGGGAAGCAAUUCAGGAAUUCCUGAACGUUAAGUUCAAGGAGACUGGUCACAGUAAUAUGUAUUUCCCCCAGUUUAUACCAUACUCAUUUAUAGAGAAAGAAGCUAGCCAUGUUGAAGGUUUUAGUCCAGAAUUAGCUCUUGUGACCAUUGGGGGAGGAAAGGAACUUGAAGAAAAACUUGUGGUUCGACCCACAAGCGAAACCAUAGUAAAUCAUAUGUUCACUCAAUGGAUUCAUAGUUACCGUGAUCUUCCUCUCAUGGUUAACCAGUGGGCAAAUGUCACUAGAUGGGAGAUGCGAACAAAACCAUUUAUAAGGACCCUUGAAUUUCUCUGGCAGGAGGGCCAUACUGCUCAUGCCACUCCCGAAGAAGCAGAAAAUGAGGCCAUACAGAUGAUUAACAUCUAUACAAAAUUUGCUUAUGAGCAAGCUGCAAUACCUGUUAUUGCUGGUCGAAAAUCUAGAGUCGAGACAUUUGCUGGUGCUUCUAAGACCUAUACGAUUGAAGCCAUGAUGGGUGAUCGAAAGGCAUUACAGGCUGGAACCAGCCACAAUCUUGGGCAGAACUUCUCCCGUGCUUUUGGAACCCAGUUCACAGAUGAAAAUGGACAGAGGCUACAUGUAUGGCAAACAUCAUGGGCAAUUAGUACCCGUUUUGUUGGUGGAAUUAUCAUGACCCAUGGAGAUGAUGCAGGUCUAAUGCUGCCUCCAAGGCUUUCACCGAUACAGGUGAUAAUCAUACCAAUUUGGAAGAAGGAUGCUGAAAAAAUGGAAGUUCUAAAUGCCGCAUCAUCUGUAAAAGAGGUAUUGCAAACUGCAGGGUUUAAAGUUAAACUUGACGACUCGGACGUACGAACCCCAGGAUGGAAAUUCAAUUUCUGGGAGAUGAAGGGAGUCCCUUUAAGGAUUGAGAUUGGUCCUCGUGAUGUUUCCAGUAGAAGUGUGGUCAUUUCUAGGAGAGAUGUUCCUGGAAAGCAAGGGAAGGUGUUUGGAAUAUCUAUGGAACCUUCAAUUUUAGAGGCUUAUGUAAAAGAAAAAUUGGACGAGAUCCAGUCCUCUCUUUUGGGACAGGCAACUUCAUUUCGGGACAGUAACAUUGUGGAUGUAAGCUCGUAUGAUGAACUCAAAGUUGCAAUCUCUCGGGGCAAAUGGGCAAGGGGUCCUUGGUCAGCUAGUGAUGAAGAUGAGUUAAAAGUGAAAGAAGAGACGGGGGCGACUAUUAGGUGUUUUCCCUUCCAACAGCCUCAAGGGAUUAAAACAUGCCUGAUGACUGGUAAUCCUGCAGAGGAAGUAGCCAUUUUUGCAAAAUCAUACUAAGGUCUCCCUCCAGGGGUGCUCGCUCCUCUUUAAUGGUGAAAUCAUAUUGUUUGGGGCAGCUAUAGCUCUUUUUCAAGUGUAUUGUUUGGAUGAAAUUAGUCCGAAACGGUGUAAAUUAUCGACUGUUCUUCAAGUUUGUUAUUUGUCAUGAUUUUAGAUGAAGAUGGUUGUUACAAUUUGUUAGUUAUAAUGUCAGCACCACUAAUUUCAUGAGUUGGGUGA